CCCACAGCGCACCGCGACUUCUUUUUCGCAGCUACCACUGCACUAGAUGGUUGGGCGUGGCGUUGAUGCUGACGAAAGAAUAAGUCACGCCGUUGAAUGGUCAGAUGCUCAUUCUGUAAGCCAAUCAUAGUAUAGAACACGGAAUUCGAAUGUAAACCUGAAAACAGUGUCGAAAUGUAGUUCUGCUCUACUGUUCUCUUUGAAACGCUACUGGACAUAAAAAAUACAGCGAGGAUUAUCAAUAAAGGAUUGACUAAGAUCUUUUGAUCACAAACGAGACGAAUAAUAGUAUUUUCACAGUAAAGCAGCCAUGGUCCGAGAGAGGGUGGAGAAGAAGUCCUUCCAGGAGAGCCUGGCGGACAUCAAGGAGAAGAUGAAGGAGAAAAGAAACAAGCGACUGGCCAGCACUACCACGGGGAAAAAAACUGUAACAUGCACGAUUAAAACCCAGGUCAUAAAUACUUCUUCAUUCAUGCUGAAAGUUCAGGCUAACAAUAAGGCAUUGGCGUUGGCGGUGCAAGCAGAGAAAGAAACAGUAAGACAAGCUCAAGAGCUUAUCUUGCAUAUGAGGAAGGAGCAGCAGGCUAUGAUGUUUCACAUAUUGAUGUUGAAAAGAAAACUCAGAGCACAAGAAGCUCGGGACAGUGUACAGUGCGGCCCUAAACCUGACACAACCCAAACUGACAGCGAUUUGCACAGUUCUCCUUCGUCAAAUCCUCUGCUUAGGUGGGUUCCUGUAACUGAUUCCACUAAUCCAAGAAGUCCCACAGAUGGAUCACAAAGUCCUUGUCCUGCAAAUAGAGAAAUAUCCAAUGAUGUUCAUUCUGAUGAUCACAGUGAUGUCCAUAGGCGUGUAAAGGGUGCGUUAUUGAUGAGAAAUGUGACAUCCAGGCGACGAGGACUUGACUGUCAAAGAGAUGUGUCUGCAUUUAGAGAGAGUGUAGACGAGACACUUCAUGAAGGUGCUCCUGUAAGUGGAAAGGCCUGUGAAGGAAAAACCUCAGGAGCCGAUGUAGAAGAAAAAGUUGAUGUUAACCAUGAAACGGGAACUCCAGAAAGAGAGAAUAAAGCCAAGGAGACAUCGUUACAGGAAGACUUUGAUCUGGAACUGUUAUCCAUUGAGCCACGUGAUGCCAAACAUUCAACACCUGAGCCUCAAGGCAAAGUCUCUGUAUUUAAGAAAAAACAGGAUACUGGGACCAAGACUGGAAGAGGCAGAAAAGACCAAGCUGACAGAGUUCCUUUGAAAAAGCCUUGGGAUACUAAACAACCCAGAGCCAGGUCUAAAAGCAGAGACAGAACUCAAACUAAACCGAAGAAUCUGCCCAAUGACCAAAUAAAUGUAUCAAUUGGAUCAAAUGAUGCCUAUGACUUCAAUUGUGAGGAGGUCAUUCACACAACACCUUUCCGGCCCAGUAACAAGCCUAAGGAGGAAGAUACUGUGGUGAGUGAGGCUGACCCUGGCUGGGCUUCUGAAGAGAGGAGUGACUCUGAGAGCAGUUCCUCGGAGGAUUUAGACUGCAGCGUCUACGAACCUGGCAGCAGAAAGGGAAGGAAGAACAGGCAAGAUCCAAGCCACCUCACAGAGAAAGCAGAAAUUCCUCCCAGAAGACCCAGGUCCAAAAGGAGCUCUAUUGUGCAGUCCUGGCAGAGGUCUGGAAAAGAAAACGUAGAUGCUGGGUCAAAUGAAAUAAUGUCUGCUGUCGGACAUACAAAGCUAAAGGUUACAGCAACCCAAGCUCCCAAAAUGAGAGCUGAUCACUGCCAUCAUAUGAACUUUUCACCUCUACCAGCAGAUAUGGAAGUAGCCCACAAAUCAGAGAAACCUUUAUAUGGAACUGUGUUUAGUGGCGAGACUGAAGAAUAUCCAGCAGGUGAGGUCCUUUGUCUACCAACCAGCCUUUGUGAUGUCACAAAUAUUUCCUCUGCAUCCCGUGAGAAGGAAUUUAAGUCACCCAGCACUCUCCUAAACAGCAAAACUGCGAAGCCUGCAACACCUGUUCGGAAGCGCAGAUGCACUCUUGCUGUGUCCUACAAGGAACCCACUCUAAAUGCGAAACUGCGCAGAGGGGACAAGUUCACUGAUACUGAAUUUUUACAUUCACCAGUCUUCAAACAAGAAUGUAAGAGGAAAUCCAUUAAACGGGAGAAGUUUGUGAAAUACAACGAAUCAUUUGUUGGCUGCCGUCCUUAAUGUUUAUUUUAAAUUUUUUUUUUUUUAGCUACUGUAUUUCACAAUUGCUUUUUAUUCUGUACAUAAUUAAGUACAGUUAUACUCUGGCCAGUACAUCACAUUGUCCUCAUAACAGGCUGUAUUAAUUAAUUGGCAUAAGGGAAUGUUAGCAUAUUGGCUUAUUGUUUUGGAGAAUCAUUUUAUAGGUUCAAUUUGGCAAUAUUACGCCACCCCCCCCCCCCCCCC